UUUUUUUCGCCAGUUCCCGAGAUUACCACGCUCGACGGGACUUUGCAACGCCACAGCAUGGCUCAUCUUGGCAGCAACUCAUCUCGCUCUUGUGAAUACUUAAAGACCAUCCUCUGAUCUGCCCUCCUACAUUCCACCUCGACUGAGCACUGAGCCGCCGCCCGCAAGAUGGUUCUCUGUCUCGUCUCCUACUGCCCAUCUGUCUCGGAGCGCCUGGGAGGCAACCAGCCCGACUCUUGGUACAAAGCCAACCACUGGGCGCGCACAACCGCCAUCGCCUGCUUUGUCCUCGUAGCGCUCGUAGCCAUCGUCAACUGGACCCGUAGAUAUGUCGAGUAUCGACCUCGGAAGACGACGGCUUUCCUACGUGGUUUGGGCUAUCGUCAUGUAGCUUUUAUCGACUUGUCAUUAGGCUUCGUCCUUACCCUCACCACUCUGUUCUUGGCUCUCCUUGUCUGGUGCUUGCAGAUGCAGCCAUACUACCGUAGGGGUGUCGAAUGGGGCAACUCUCCUCUUGGUAUCCGCGCCGGUUACAUUGCUCAGGGUUUGAUACCUUUUGUCUUUGUCAUGGGCAGCAGAAUCAACCCGCUUGCGUGGAUUGCGAGAGUGGAAGCCUCGAGAUGGAUGCUCUGGCAUCAAUAUGGUGCGCGAGUACUCUUGUUCUUCUCUCUGCUCCACACAUUCGUCUUGAUGUACGCUCCUUACCGACAAGGGGGCAUGGCCUGGGUCACUGCCUACUGGAACAAGAUGAACCUCUGGAAAAACUUCUUCAACGACAUGGGCUUGUUGCUCAACGGUACCGUGGCCCUCGUCGCCCUCGGAUGGAUCGUCUUUUCCAGCUUUGCCAAGCUGCGCAACUGGAACUAUGAGUUUUUCGUCAUCCAACACGUUCUUUCCGUCACCCUCUUCAUCAUGUCGCUCUGGCCCCAUCUGAAGAUGGGUAUGCCCGACUGCAUCUACUAUGCCUACGCUUCCAUCGCUAUCUGGAUCUUUUCUGUCGUCGUCAGGAUUGCGUGGGAGAGCGUGGAGAUGGCGGGCGUGGGCAAGUGGAAGGGCACGGCGAUGGUGGAAGGUUUCGGAGGCGGGGACGUGCGCGGCAUUGGGGGUGUGACAAAGCUUCUCGUAGAGACCAAGCGAGGUGGAUGGGAUGUGGGGACCUAUGUCUAUCUCCGAGUACCCUCUAUUAACCCCUUCCAAUCCCACCCAUUCACCAUCGCCUCCGCCCCACCUACCGACCCCAAAACACCCUCCCCACUCACACUCUUGAUCUCCACCCGUUCAGGCAUCACAAAGCGCAUCACCAACGCCGCUGUCAACUAUCCCCACAAGCCUAUCCCUGUCGUCAUCCAAGGACCGUUUGGCGGGCUUGGCGAGCGGUUGGAGAGGUUUGAUAAGAUUUUGGUCAUCUGCGGUGGAGUUGGAGCUGCGUUUGGAUGGCCGAUCGUUAGUAAAUUUGGUAAAGAGGGCAAGGUCAAGAUGGUUUGGAGCGCGAGAAAUCUCGAUUCUCUGAAAUGGUUUGAAGACGAUACGACCGUCAAUCGUUCUUCCAUCCAACUCCACCUCACUUCAUCUCCUUCCCAAAUCCCCGAAAAGUCUACCGAAAGCGAUACCGAGGUAGACUGCUGUGGAUCUACGGCCAAUUCGACUUUGAACGGUACCGACACACCGAUGUCCGACAUCGGCGAGGAAAAGCGACUUCAUCAAAGGUCAACCCAUCAAAGGGCCACCUCUGAUUACGCCGUCCCUUCUUCUUGCUGUGCACCCCUUCCCAUGCUCGACAGUGUAGACACACCCAUGUCGACUAUUGGCGAAGAGAAGCGCCUGCAGUCUUCAUCCGUACCGUCGAAUGUGGAUGUGAGGACGGGGAGAUGUGAUGUCAGAAGUACAGUGAGGGACUAUGCGGAAUGUAUGGGAGAGGGGGAGAAGCUUGCUGUCAUUGUGUGCGGGCCGGUAUCGAUGCUUGCUGAAACCGCCAACGCCGUAUCAUCAUUACAAUGGGAUAUCGUGCGUGGACGGACGGGGUUGGGGGAAGUGUGGAUGCACAAGGAGAGGUUUGGGUGGUAAGGAUGUGUAGAUAUAAUCUAGAUCUUUGGGUCGCAUAAUCAUGAGCAUAGGGGGGCGAUAGAGCAUUGGUUAGAAGCAUGUUGUUAGAAAUUAUGAACUCUUGCAUGAUGGGCGUGUGCCGAAUCUCCUAUAGCACAA